AUGGCAAUCGGCGAGCGGGCCAUGGUGGAUGGCCAUCCAGUCAUUGUGCUGCUGGAGACUGCCAACAUGGCCAUGGAUCGCACCACAAUCAUCAAUCUGGGUAUGGCGAUGAAGUUCACAGGAGCAGUCGACUGGAUCCCGAUAGGUACACAGUUCAUGUGGACGAACCCUGCGUCCACGAGAUUCGUCCAGGCCUCCUCUUCCUCUUCUGCGACCCUAACCUCCUCGGGCUCCCCACACGACGACUGGCUCGUGCUCAUGAACCUUCUCGGAGCGCAAGGACCGGACAGCGCAGGCAACUACCUCAUACCUUGCGGUUCUCAGAUGACAUGGAACUUUGCUGGCACUGAAGGACGGAACUACACAUUCAGCCUUAUACAGGACGGGACGAACGAUGGUACUGGCUUUUGUCAACCGGCGGCAAAUGAUGCAGGGGAUACAACGAACUGGAUCACCGGCGUGCCCUUUUUGGAUCAGUACUACAUCGCUUUCCACUACGAGGCAAACACCGUGGGCUUUGCAACCCGGAAUUUGGGAGCGAGCGCUGCGAGUAGUGCGCCGUUUAUUGGAUGA